AUGGCGCGUGUGCCGCACGUCGUGGCCGAUACCGGCGCCUUUCUCAGCGCUGCCCCACUGCAGGACAUCGCGGAGAACCUGUACACCGUGCCCGAGGUCCUGGCCGAGAUCCGCGACAGGCCGACGCGCCGUCGCCUAGCUGCGCUACCCUGUGAGCUGCGCCUCCGCCGCCCGCGGCCCGACCUGCUGCGCCUCGUGACUGAGUUCUCCAAGAAGACUGGGGACUACCCCAGCCUCUCAGCUGCUGACCUGCAGGUUCUUGCCCUCACCUGCCAGCUGCAGGCUGAGACUGACGGCCUUGGCUGCCUCCGCUGGGAGCCCCAGGACAAGGUGCGGCUCAGCUCCACCCCACGGCACCCUGAGGCCCCCUUGCAUCUCGCUGGCUUUCACCUGCCCACCAAGCACAAGCGCCCAGGGAAAGGCCAUUGUCAUCCCAGCCCCGAGAAAAACGCAGUCCCAUCUGAGAGUGACGAGUUCAGCUCCUUCCUCUACUGGCGAGCUCCCCUGCCCAGCAUCGAAGAGGAGCUGCAAGAGCUGCUGGUGAGACCUGGAGCCUUCUCACUUCCCGAGACCACUGAGGAGCACCAGAGCUCUGAGGAUGGGGCCAGUGCUGAGGAAGAGGAAGAUGAGGAGGAGAGCGACAAUGAGGGCUGGAUAACGCCCAGCAACCUCAAGCAGGUCCAGCAGGAUACAGGGCACUGCAACACUGCUCCUGUUGAUGUCCAGGUCGGCUGCAUCACCACUGACUUCGCCAUGCAGAAUGUGCUGCUGCAGAUGGGCCUCCACGUGCUGGCAGUGAACGGCAUGUUGAUCCGGCAGGCCAGAAGCUACAUCCUCCGCUGCCACGGUUGCUUCAAGACCACCUCAGACAUGACCAAGGUUUUCUGUCCCAACUGUGGUAACAAGACACUGAAGAAGGUAGCAGUGAGCGUCAGUGAGGAUGGGAGCCUGCACAUGCAUUUCUCCCGCAACCCCAAGGUGCUGAACCCCCGAGGGCUCAGGUACCCACUGCCAGCCCCAAAAGGGGGGAAGCAUGCCAACAACCCUCACCUGGUGGAAGACCAGCCCUUCCCACAGCAGCGGCUGUCCCGCAAGGCCAGGCAGAAGACAAACGUCUUCGACCCAGACUACAUCGCCGGGCUCUCGCCCUUUGUGGAGAACGACAUCUACAGCCGUGCCGCCAACCUGCAGAUCCGUGAUGCAGCGCUGGGCGCUGGCAGGAGGCGCCUCAACCCCAACGCCGUGACAAAGAAGUUUGUGAAGAGGAGGUGAAGGGCAGGAUGGGGCUGAAGGACCGUCCUCCAGGUGCUGCAUGUUGCUUGCUUUAUGGCUCCAGAAGGUUGAGGCCUCUCCUGACAUCCUUGUCAAGGGUCUUUCCUUUGAUACUUCUCUGGUGCCUGAAGCACAGCCAUGACUGGAGGUGACAAUUGCUGGGUUUGGAGAGGCUCUGACACAAGAUUCCUGCUGGAAGCUGGGGGAGCCAGGUGAGAUGGCACCUGCCUUGCUCCAGGCCACAGCUGU